AUGAAGAAUGGCUGCCAUGAUGGAAGCGUGAUUUCUUGAAAUAAAAGGUUUAAAACAACAAUUAAGAAAAGAAAUGGCACAUUUUGUGUAUCCAGCAGCAAAUCCACAGCCAGCUGCAGCUUACCCAGCGGUGCAGACUGCGUAUGUUGCAGCAGCACCACAAGCAGCUUAUGCUACAGCUGCACCACGAGCAGGCCAAGCCUAUGAUAGUUACCAGACGGCACAUGCAACGCCCCAGUAUGCAUACACUACCAGAACCCAGGUGGCAGUGACACCUGCAGCAACAUAUGAUCAGAAAGCGUACUAUCAACCUGCAGCUGCUGCACAGGCUGCUGUAGCAUACACAGUUGCAGAAACUCAUUAUCAAGCAGCUAACAAGCCCACAUACUCCACAGGAGCUUACCAGUCCACACAGAGGGCUGUUGUUACACCUAAAAGUCACACACCCGUACAAGCUUCAAGUGCUGCAACAUAUGUGUACCCAGCGAACACGAGUCAGCCUGUCUCCACAUACAGCACCACAACAUAUGCUACCAACACCACUGCCAGUGCAACAUACACAGGGAAAGCCAGUACAGGAGCUUCAAAUUACACUGCCUACAAGCAGACAGUUCAACCAGUAGUUAUAAAAGGUUAUGAUGCUGCUUUGUAUUCCGCUGCCACUUCAUACUACCAGCAACAACAACAGGCUGCCAAGACAACAAGUAAUUGGCAGGUAAAGAAGGCCGGGCAGACAGGUAAAGCCAAGCCCAAGAUUCCUCCUAAACAGCCACAGCUCCACUACUGUGAUGUCUGCAAGAUCAGCUGUGCUGGACCUCAGACAUACAGGGAACAUUUGGAGGGACAGAAACAUAAGAAGAAGGAGGCGGCAAUGAAGACAGGGACCUCCUCUUCAUCCAGUGGGCGUGGCAGUCAGAAUCAACUGAGGUGUGAACUGUGCGAUGUUACUUGUACUGGGGCUGAUGCCUAUGCUGCUCACAUAAGGGGAUCAAAGCACCAAAAGGUGUUGAAGCUCCACACAAGAUUGGGGAAGCCCAUUCCCUCCACAGACCCAGUAGUUGUUUCCCCUUCUGCCAGUGGCACUUCCUCUGUUGCUAAGGUUGCCAGCAACACAUCCACAGCCUCUGCUAGUGUUACCAAGCCAGCUGUUAAAUCAAACAUAACACCCAUAGCUCCUACCAAAAAAGUCCUGUCAACACCCAAGAUUACAUUCAUAGGUGGAACGCAGCUGAAAACACUGGAUGUGAAACCAGUUGAGGUCAAAGUAGAACCAGCAGCUACCAAGUCAGGAGAGAGUCUGAAUACUUCAUCCACAUCUGCCUCAAGUAAUGAUGAUAAAGACGAGGAUGGUGAUCCACUGAAUAUUCUGGGUGAAAAAGAUGUUACUCCUGUGGGACAUGAGUACAUUGAAGAAGUUAGAAAUGAACAGGGCAAGACUGUUAGCUUCAACUGUAAAUUGUGCGAGUGCAAGUUCAAUGAUCCUAAUGCUAAGGAAAUGCACAUGAAAGGGAGACGACAUAGGUUGCAGUACAAAAAAAAGGUGGAUCCAAGUUUACAAGUGGAAGUAAAGCCAAGCAUCAGAGCCCGAAAAAUACAGGAAGAGAAGGUGCGACGUCAGGCUCAGAAAGAGGAAUUCUGGCGACGAAGAGAACAGGAACAGAGAUGGAGAGAAGAAAUGAGAAUGGAAGAGGAGAUAUAUUGGGAGGAGAGAAGGAGAUACGAGGAAUUGGAAUACUAUGAGUGGCAGAGACAAGGACGGCCAGGCAUGCCUCCUCCUCGACCAUUCCCACAUGGACCAGGGGGACCUAUGGGAAUGAGAAGGCCAGACUCAUCUGAUGAUCGUCAUGUGAUGUCUAAACAUGCAAGCAUCUAUCCUAAUGAGGCAGAGCUUCAAGCCGUGCAGAAUAUAGUGUCUCUAUGUGAAAAAGCCCUGAAGAAUGUUUCCGACUUCCUGGCAGAAAGUGAUGCACCAAAGUCAAUGGAUGUAGACAAAAACAAAAAAGAGGACAAAGGAGUCAAAAAGGAAAAGGAAGAGCCAAAGGAAGGAGAGAAGAAGGAGGAAGCAGCCAUACCACGAGUUCUGAAGGGGGUGAUGAGGGUUGGAGUUCUUGCCAAGGGUCUACUGUUACACGGGGACCUAAAUGUAAACCUUGUGGUUCUGUGCUCAGAGAAGCCAACCAGGACUUUGCUGGAGAGAGUGGCAGAUGCUCUUCCUAAGCAAAUAGCUGCUAUCACAGAUGAAAAGUACGAAGUGAAGCGAUGUGUGGAAGAGGCGGCCAUUAUUGUCUCCAGCGAGAGUGAUCCCAAAACAUCCUGUUCUGUGACCUUGACCUCACCAGUUAUGAGGGAAACUCAGCUUGCUGAUGGAGAGACAUCCACUGUCACGGUUAAAGACCCACCAGAUGUUUUGGACAGGCAGAAAUGCCUGGAUGCCUUAGCCGCUCUUCGACAUGCUAAAUGGUUCCAGGCUAGAGCCAAUGGACUACAAUCCUGUGUUGUAGUCAUCCGGAUUCUAAGAGACCUUUGUCAGAGAGUUCCCACAUGGACUCCACUCAAUGAGUGGGCUAUGGAGUUGUUGGUUGAAAAGUGUGUAAGCAGUGGUGGAGCUAACAUGAGUCCUGGGGAUGCAUUGAGACGAGUGUUUGAGAGUAUCUCAUCAGGACUUCUGCUUCCAGGAGGGCCAGGACUGUAUGAUCCAUGCGAGAAAGAUUCUGUGGAUGCUGCAUCCUCGCUGACCAAUCAGGAGAGAGAGGACAUCACAGCUUCAGCACAGCAUGCCCUGAGAUUGAUUGCAUUCAGACAAAUCCAUAAAGUGUUAGGAAUGGAUCCACUACCAGCACCAAAACAUUUACGACAACGCAUGAAUCCACGGAAGCGUAGACGAACAGACAGUGCACCAGGGGAGGGAGAGGGAGAAGGUGAAAAGAAGGACAAAAAGGAGGAUGAUAUAGACAUGUCAGAUGGGAAAUAGGAGUUGAUACAAAUGUGUUUAAAAGGCAGAAUGGAGAACAGAAAUAUGAAUAAGAAAAAGAUAAUUUGUGUUGGAAAAAUUGUUUUGUGCAACUGACAUUUGAAAACAAAUGUGUACUUUUUAUUGCAGAGUACUUGCAAGUCUUGUGUUUAGAUGUACAUGUUUCUUAAUUUCUUUCCUCAUUGUGCAUAGGAAUUUUUAUGUGGCUUUAAAGCUUGAAAGUAUCGUUGAAUUUAUUAGUUCACCCAUUUUUUUUUUAGCAUGAUAUUUUAUGAGAAUAUAUGUUUUGUGUUGGAAUCCAUAGAAACUUGAUCAUGUUUUCAAAUUUAUACAAAGUUUGCAUAUUGUGUAUGUGUAUUUGUGACAGAAUCUGUCAUUUUAAAUAUUAUAUUUUAGGUCUCUUUCCUGAAUAUUCUAGCUAUAUAAACAAAGAACAUAAGAUGGCAGUGAGUAUUUUUAAAGACACUUCUAAGAUACAUGUACAUCAGGAAAAUAGAUACAUUAUUUUGAAGGUGUUAUAUUUUUUAUGUAAACAGACGAUCUGCUUUUCAUUUGAUAUUUCAGAAAUUCUGAAUUCAGUAUUGUAAUAAUAUGCAUAUUUUGUCACAAUAAAGGAAAUUGUAGACA